UAAGGACACGUCCCAAUAUGUCGGCGUCUGUCCGGAAUCAUGCACGUCACAAUUGUUUUCUAAACCGGCCAACAUCGUCAGUGUACAACACAAAAUGAACUACUUUGGACAAGCUAUCAAUGUCGCCUUAUACAGAAACGGGUCAAAGGUUCAGGACUUAAGUUGGGAUAAAGCUUACAAUGAUGACUGCCCUUCAAAACACCUCCUCCAGCCCCACGUUCGGAUCCUGCCCGGAGAUCGUCUGGUAACGACGUGUACCUUCAAUACUUCCGGUGCCAGCACGUGGAGGUUCUACAACCAGCCCAGCGCAGAAGACGGGUGCUCUGCCUAUCUGACGCUCUACCCCCGGGAGGCCCUGAGCUCUUCAAAUAAAUGUGACGCCAUCGGCUCAUUGUCUGCAUGUGACGUCACUUCCGGCACGACUAAAAUUGGUGACUGUCACGUGUCACAGUUCACGAACCUUACGAACCCAGAGACAAUCAAGAUGGCGGCGGAGCUGGAGAAGAGCUGCAGUCUGAACGGGUUUUGCAGGCCUGAAUGUCAGGAGGUGACCAGCCGUCUGCUCAGCCACCCGUGUCUGCGGGGCGAGGCCUCUAAAGUCGUGCAGUACCUGCUGCAGCAGAAGACAGCUGGGUUGAUGUUCGUCGGUCGUCUGCAUUCGUGUCCAAUGGCAUGCACCUGCACCGACGUCUGCCCGUCUCAGGUCUACAACAUCGGCAACAACUUCAACGACACCGACCACAACCACACUAUGCACAGCAACGGCGUCGAAGGCGAAGAGUUUGGAAAGAAUGGAGCAAUUGUUGUCAUGAGUGAUUUUAUUGUACUGCUGGUGUUUUUGUUUAUGUUUAUCUUUCAAUGCUGAUAAACGGGAAUUACUUAAGAGCUAAAAAUAGAAUAGAUGCACUAAUACAUUUUAUCGAUAAUCUGACAGGCAUUAGAGCUAAAAAAUAAACUGAAUCGAAAAUCACAUUUUGUGAUGAAUAAUAGACUAGAUAUAUUUGAAAAAAACAAAUAAUUAACUUUUUUUUUAAGGUAAAAGAUUACAUGAUUAAGAUUUUUCUUCUAUUUUGAUCGAAAACAAAAUAAGUGUAUAAAAUUAUUUUUUAAAACAUAUGUGUACAUUUGAGAGAACGAACGAAAGCAUCGGGAGUCAGAUUGGCAAUCUCAUGAUUCUAAAGACAUUCAAUAAAAACAAUAAUUAAGAAAUAUUUCAGUCUAAGUUAAUGAAAUGUGUUACCGAAAUAUUGAUUGUAAUACAUUUUUGGAAACUUUAUAUUUUAAAUAAACCGGGAGUAAUCUCCCCUAAACUUUCUCGAAUAUUCUUAUAUAAAAUAACAGGGGAUGGGAACUCGGGCUAUAGACAUGAUUUUUAAUCCAUUUUAAAUACUUAAAAUUUUAAAAAUAGAAUAAAAUC